AGGAAAGAGGGGUGGAAGGGAGGCUCAAUACACAACACAACACUAUUAUCUUAACACUAUUAUCUUCUUCUUUAUUCAAUCUUCACACUCUUCCCCUUCUUCCUCUACCUUUGGAUUCCAUAAUCCAACAAUAGUGCUCUCAUUCAGAGUAUUGAACGCAUAAAGCAUGCUCUCAAAACUUUUAACCAAACUAUUUUUCCAAUUCCUCAAUUGGCAAAAAAAACAGAGGAGAGUGGCCACUAGCCUGUAACUCCACAGUUGGGAUCCGUUAGCUGAUGGGGGAUUCACAGUCCAAUCCCAGCCGGCAAACUGAAACGCGCGGAAGACCGAAGGGCGAAGACGAGUCUCCGCAUCUUCACUGUCGCCGGCUGCCAGCCUGACUGCGACGCCGUCCCACUCCCGCAGAACUUCAGUGUUUCGAUCUUCCAUUGGCACACGGAAGACCACCGCCGGCUUCGAAGCAUGACGGGAGAGCCACGCCGUAGAUCUGCUACAGAUCCGUCAUCCCAGGGGCCAAUUGACGACCACCGACCGGCAUCUGCUUUUUGCUCUAGCCGGCAACGAUUCACGGACGACGACCGUACGCGACGACCAAUGGGGGUCAACAGCAGCAGCUUCAGAUUUGGUGUCGGCUCCGAGUUUGACGGCGGUCAAGGGCGUUGCUGUACGUGCAAUCCACGAGUCCCCGCCCAGGACUGGCGACCAGCAGGACCGGCGACCAGCGAUAGACCUUCAAUCCCUGCCGCCGAUGGGAAGACGCCACGAAGAACCCCAGCGCGUGCUCCCUUCUUCCGAGGAUGGCAGGCUGUCCUUUUUACAGAGGACUCCUUCAUAAAGCAUCAAAUCGGCAGUCCUCGCCGAAGAAAAACUCAAUUCUCUUCAUUUGUGUUUUUCUUGGAUCGAAGUGGAGGAUUUUCCAAAUUCCUUCUAAAUUUCAGCAUCAGCCAGGGAGAGAGAUAUCAAACUCUCCAACUCCGCUUUAGACUCGAUCAAAGAUGUGAGAGACGCCACAGAGGUGAAUCUCCGUCCUUCGAUCCGGGCUGUGAGCAAAGCGACCUGGGUCAAAUUUCGACCCGAUCUGGACGGAACUCUUUCCACCGUCGACCGCGCCUAGAUGUGAUCCAACAGCUUCAGCGACUCUGGUUCUACGACAGCUGUUCCUGCAAUCGCUCCCCGCUCCGUUCAAGUUUCCAGCUACUACGUCCUCUUUUGAGCCAUAUAAAAGAUAAGUGUCUUUACUCCUAGCACUUUUAUUUUAAUUAUCCAAUUAAUAUACAAAAAAAUGGUAUUAUUCAUAUUAAAAAGUUGAAGAAAAAAAUAAUGAAUAUGAAUCAUAAAAAUAGUGAGAUGACAAAAUGAAAUAAUUUAUAAACUAUAGUUAUCAACAUAAAAGUUGUAAUUAAAAAAUUGUAAGAAUAAUAAUAAUAUAGUUUUUUU